AUGCUUGCAUCAAAAGCUCACGAAUUAAUCAAAGAACUUGAUCGUUCGCGCGAUACUGUCCUACCUCCAUACAAUAUUGAGACCAUUCGUCUGUGUCAACUCGAAGCUAACGAAUUGUUUCGUCAAAAUUACGAAGAUGUCCAAACAGUUGUUCAAACCAAUACAGAUAACAGCAGCGCCACUUCUGCUCCAACAUUAAUGCCUACGAUUAGUAUUCGUCAUGCAGCUAUUCAACGUAUCAAACGUUGUUUACUUGCAUAUGUUUACCAUCGAAUGAAUAAGAUCAAAUCACUUCGUUGGUCGAUUGGACCUGUUCUUCCUGAACAUAUGAGAAACAAUCUGUCUAUCGAUGAAUUAGAAUUUUUCUCGAAUUAUAAUCAAACUUUAUCAUCCUACAUGCGCUCUAUCGGUAACAAUCAUUCACUUGAUUUAACAUCAUUUAUGAUUCCUCCGAAGAAAUUAUUCGCACAUAUCAAAUGCAUUCAAGACUAUGGUCCAUAUGAAACAAGUGAUGGGACAAUCAUUCAACUGACCUUCAAUAGUGAACAUUAUGUUUUAACAUCAGAUGCUGAACAUUUGAUUCAACGGAAAAUAGCUGAACAUAUUGUUUAA